UGCGCUGUUUCCUGUCUGCCCUGCGAACACUGCCGUGUCUCUGUGCUGCUCUUUGUUGAACUCUAACUGCUGCUGUAUUGAGACAUUAAGGCGUGGCUCUCUUACAUGAGAGGAAAUCAGAGAGUCACAACACAGUUAGACGACGCUCUCAACCCGAAACUCACUUUAACCCUAAUCCGAAUCCUAAUCCUACUCCUAAUCCUAAUUCUAAUCCGGAGCUCCACCGCGGGAAGGUCCAGUCCAGCCCGGCUGAGUCUGUGUCUGUGUCCGGCUCAGAUCCUCUCUGUUUCGGCGGCGGCAGCGCGAACUCCGCGGUUUGGAAGAUGCACUAUUACAGAUACGAGAGCGCGGAGGUGAGCUGCUGCUACAAAUACCUCAUGUUCAGCUACAACAUCAUCUUCUGGCUGGCCGGAGCUGCUUUUAUUGCUGCUGGCUUCUGGGCGUGGAGCGAGAAGGGCGUGUUGUCGGACCUGACGCAGGUGACGCGGAUGCACGGCUUCGACCCCGUGUGGUUGGUCCUGGUGGUGGGUGCGGUGAUGUUUGUGCUGGGGUUCGCGGGCUGCGUGGGAGCGCUCAGGGAAAACAUCUGUCUCCUCAAAUUUUUCUCAGGGAUCAUCGGAUUUAUCUUCUUUCUGGAGCUGACAGCGGCCGUGCUGGCCAUCGUGUUCCAGGAGCCGUUAAAGGGGUGGAUCAGUGAGUUCUUUCUGGCCAAUGUGAAAGCCUACAGAGACGACAUCGACCUGCAGAACCUCAUCGACUCCCUGCAGAGGCUGAACAACUGCUGCGGAGCCCAAGACCCCAAUGACUGGAACAUGAACGUGUACUUCAACUGUUCCCAAAGCAACCCCAGCAGAGAGAAAUGCGGCGUGCCGUUCUCCUGCUGCCUCAGUGACCCGGCCGACACAGUGCUGAACACUCAGUGUGGAUAUGAUGUCAGAGCUUUAGGUUCGGUGGAUAAAUGGUCGAAUACGAUUUAUGUUAAAGGAUGCAUCUCAGCUUUAGAGGAGUGGCUUCCUCGGAAUAUUUACAUUGUGGCUGGAGUUUUUAUCGUCAUCUCUCUGCUGCAGAUGGUGGGAAUCUAUCUGGCCAGAACUCUGAUUGGCGAUAUUGAAAAAGUCAAAUUUAACUAUUACUGAGAUUCUCAGACUGUCUUCUCUGUCCUCCUCUCUGUCCUCCUCUCUGUCCUCCUCUGUGUCCUCCUUUCCGUGUUCUGUCUGUUUUUGGGAGCUGUGCCUGAAUCGGAGCUGUUCUGGAUGAAAGGUUGCUUUCCUUCUUCUGGAAACUUCUAUAUGUGCCUUUUCCUUUCUCAGGUUCUUUAUAAAAACUCUCUUCGUCUCUCAGGGCUUCUCUCUUUUUCCCAUCUGGAUUAUAGUUUUUGUCCUUUUUUAUUGAUGGGACCAUCGUUAAUCCAUCACUGUGAACAGUGGCUGAACUUCAUGAAGAAUGAGUCAAUGAUUUCAUGUUUAUAUCUGCAGGUUUUCCCCUUUAAAAACAGAGCAUCUUCAGAGAAUUAGCGUGUUUGUGUUUAGUUUGACAGAAGUGUUACCUCAUUCUUACUGUGUUGGUUUAGGGGUGGGUUUUAUUUGAGCUGUUUAGGAUGAGUAAAUUUCUCUUGAUAUCUGCUCAGUGACUGAUGAGCUUUCAGUCUGCAGUCAGAGCCCAACACAAAUAGAGCCUACAGAUCAGAACUGAGGUUUGUUUUUAUAUUUUUUUAUAAAAUUAAGGGAUUUUUUUCAGUGUGAGUCACAGUAGGGUGUGUUGUGAGUUAUGAAGGUUACGUGAUAUGUUGAUCAGGCAGACCAGCUGAACUAAGGACUUCAUAAAGAAAGACAUUUCAUAAAGUACAUUAUAAUCAUAAACACUGAUUGUGAUGAACUCUCUGUUUCACCUGUUUAUCAGUUUGUUGGAUCAUUUGUGGUGAAAUUUCAGAUUGUUUUGCUUUAAAUUUAUUUGUUUCUAUCAGAAAAGCCUUUAAAGUUUGGCUGUAAAAGUUACACUGGAGGGUUAGAGAACCACACACACACACACACACACACACACACACACACACACACACACACACACUCACUCCAGAAUGUGACUGAUAAGAGUUCUUCAGUGUAAAUGAGUGAAGCUCUGAGUGAUGAACUGAACUGAACUGAACUGAACUGAACUGAACUAUCUGAAUUUUACUGAAAACGUUUUUCUGGUCAGAUCGUCCAUCAAACUGCCGGAGAAUCUCCAGUCAUGUUCAGUGUUCAGUCAGUUCUGCUGUUGAGGCUCAACACAGCCUCAACACAGAAAACACUUUCUUCACUUUUCACAUCUUUAUUACCUCCAGUUUUCUACUUUCUCUUCAGCCUGUCGUGCCUUUACAGGCCUGCAGAUUUGUGUGCGUGUGCGUGUGUGCGUGUGCGUGUGCACGUGUGUGCGUGUGUGUGUGUGUGUAGCUUAUCUUAACACUGUUUCGCUGCAGAAAGAAGGGUGUGUUUUUACGGUGUGCAUGCAGUCCAACCCAAAACACACUCUAGUCUUCCUUUUAUUUUUCUAAAGAGGAAUGUAUGUUUUAAAGAUGUUCAGUCAGAAAAAGAGCCUGUAAAUAAAUCCAAUAAAGGAAAGUUUUAAUCCAAAGAAAUAACACAGUGUAAAUCAGCAUAUCUAACUCUUUCUGUGCCAUGUUUAGGAAUGUUACGCUGCCUGUAAGUCGCUGUAAGAACCUUUUCUUUAUCUGUUUGUAUUUUCACUGGCCGAUAGUUUUAUAAAGAAUAAUUGAACUUUUCUGAAUUUUACUCUUUUUAUAUGUUAAUAAAAAUAUUUGGAGUUUGCUGUUA